UGUCGAAAGCUUAGCAGUUCUCUUUUUGCAUUGAGAAGAGUCAAGUCUACUAGCACUCAAGACGCUGUACUGGUGGCUUAUCACGCCCUAUUUGAAAGUCAUCUGAGAUAUGGAGUUGCUGUUUGGGGGUCUGCUGCCCACACUCAUCUGGAGCGAGUAUUGAUAAUACAGAAGAAAGCUAUGAAGAUCAUGUUUGGUGUGGGAUGGCGUGAUAGCUGUAGAGAAGUAUUCAGAGCACAUAAUCUGUUAACGGUUAUUAGUCUCUACAUAGUCGAAUCCAUUGUUCUGGCCUCUACCAAAGCUUUGAAACGCAAUGAGCAAGUCCACCAAUAUGAAACCAGAAAUGGGUUAAACUAUAACCUUCCUGCUCAUCGCCUGACUCUGUAUGAACGUAAGCCAUCAUACGCCGGGGCGGGAUUUUUCAACAAUCUUCCUCGAGAACUGAAGGAUGACAACCCAAUGACUCUGAAGAAGAAACUAGUUAGCUGGUUCUCGAAGAUGCCGUUUUAUAGUGCCAAAGAGUACAUGGACUGGCAAAAUUUUAACCUAAACUGAAGACUUUGUAAUUUAAUUGUAUUGACACCAUUCCGAUCUCCAAGACUGUGAAUAAAGAUUUCUGUAUUCUGAAGAUAGUUCUUGCAGUCAGAUGAAUAAAUCCUCUAAUACACUAAAAAAUGAACUCAAUUUGCAACCAGGGUGAUGCAGCCAAGGAAAACAUAUCGUUUGUUAAAGAGAUACAGAUGAUGAUGUUCGGAUUGGGAGAUAGUGCAAACCCACUGCUCACCACUGCAACAGUUGUUGAGAAGAUAGUUUUGCAGCAGAUAAUAAUGAUUGUUGGCCAAGCAGAAGAUAUUGCAGAGACACGUGGUGUUGAUGGAAUCUACCCACAGGACAUAUUAUUUCUUAUGCGCAAAGAUAUUCACAAACUACAGCGAAUAGUUAAUUAUAUUUGUUUCAAGGAUAUAAAACGAGUAGUGAUGAAUUCGAUGAAUGAUGGUGACAUGCCGGGGCUGGAGGAGCUGUCAGCCAGUACGGUGGACAGCCGAUGGGAGUCGAAGCGUCGUAUCACGUGUGUGCAUUUCCUGGAGAGUCUGGGAAUUGAUUUAGAACGAGAGACCGCAGUUGACACCAUAAAACAAGAUCGUCUGCUUAGGCAUGAUUUGCGUGCUCAGGCCAUGACACCCAAGAUGUAUGAAGACUUCAACUACUCGCGGCGUACCACAUUUGUAAGUGCACGUUUUCACAACAACCGGUUCCUGGAUUGGAUAAGGCAGCAAUGUCCAGACUGUCCGGUUAACAAGCUGCGUUCCUUCACAGGUGAGAUGCUCGGAUACCUAGCGAAGGAGACUGUGGCACAUGUUGUGGAUCUUGCACUGCUUCUGCGGCAGGACUCAAUGGUCAACCCUACAGACCCAUUUAGUCGUGCACAGCAUACCACGCUACCUUUCGAGACCUUUGGAUCCUCCCACAGACAGUUGGAAGGUCCUCCACCUAUCACUCCAGAUGAGGUAAGGGAAGUAGUGAGAAGAUAUUACUCUACUCAGCUGUGCCCGUGGGGAGCAUUCACUGUCAACCUGGAUCCAACCGUAUUCAACAAAAUAUUAGCUUGUUAAUAAAGCAUCAAUUAUUUUAAAGUAAAA